GUCAGCUAAGCACCAUCAUCAUCAUGAGCUACGUCGAGCUACCCAGCGAUGUACAAGGCCAAUCCUAUAUUCGCUGCUCAGCAUUAGCCGCUGGUUUCCUCUGGCUCCCCGACCGUGAAGUCUUUCAAGACAGCCUCGAUCUUGACACCAACAUUGGAAGCAAAGUCCCUUCUCUAUGCUUUCUGCUCCAACACGAACAACAUGGCAAGCUACUCUUCGAUCUUGGCUUGAGGAAGCACGCGUUAGGCUAUCCCCCAGCGAUGGAGGACGAUCUGAAACUUUUUGCAGCCGAGUGCGAAUCAGAUAUCUGCGAUCUACUCAGCCAGGGUGGAACCCAACCAACAGAAAUUCGUACCAUCAUAUAUAGCCACCUUCACUUUGACCACACCGGGGAUCUUUCUCCCUUUCCAUCCGCUCAUCUCAUUCUAGGCGAACACUCCAAGCAACUCUUAGCGUCAGCCUAUCCCAUUAACCCCAAGAGCCGCUUAAACAGCAUCCCCUCAACCCAAACCGUUUCUUACAUUGAAUUCACCGAUCAAGAUUCCCAGAGCCUCUCUUUCGGCGCCUCCGUCCUGGAUUUCUUCAAUGACGGCUCUCUCUACCUCUUGGACGCACCAGGCCACAUGUUAGGCCAUCUAAACGCUCUCGUACGCGUAGCUCCCAAUUCAUUUGUUCUUCUAGCCGGAGACGCUUGUCACAACAGAGCAUGCUACAACCCUGGUGUCCGUCUUGUCAGCACAGAAAAUCACCACGAUAUUCAUGUUGCGAGGGAGACUGUGGAUCGAAUAAAACGGUUUCAUGCUUUGGAUAACGUCGUCGUCAUUCUCUCUCAUGAACGAGAACGACUACACGAGAUGCCGAUGUUUCCUUUAAUGCUUAAUGAUUGGGCGGUUCAGGAGACGGACAGGAAACGUCAACGUAGCAAAUAGUAAAUAUCAAUGUACACAUGCGCAAGGUCAAUCGAUCAUAACCUUUGUCUAUUAUAACAAAUUCCUGAAUAGAGCUACAAUAUACUAUAUUGGUAAAGGAUACAUUACACCAA